GAGAGAUAGAAGCUAUAUAUACAUAUACAUAUAUAUACAUAAUCUCGCCGGAAAAUUUAUGCCUAUAAUAUUUUACGUAUCAAACUUCGUAAAAACGAUAGAGGAGGGUCGUGAGAGGUCUAGGAAUACUUCCCAAUAAAUUCCAGACCGAUUCGUAGUCACCGGAGUUUCCUAGAGGUCGCCGGAGUUGCAAGCCGUGGAAACGGGUCUUUAGAAAAGACACGAUUUUGCCGUAGAUAGGGGUGGCGGAGCUUCUCCUCGACGUGAGGAUCAUUUUGCAACUGGAAUCGUCGAAAUCCGUUACCUAAGGAGAAUUCAAGUGAAGAUCAAGCUAGAGAUUUUAUUAAGGAGAUUAUCGCAAUUUAAGAUAUCAUGGCACCAAGAAGAGACCCUGAUAACACGCCCACCAAUGCUGAGUUGGCACAAAGCGUUCAGCAACUGGCACAAUUUAUGCACACACUGGGUGCUACUGUGCUCCAGAACAACCAAAACCAGAACAACGGGAAUGAUGCCGCAAAACGAGUGGCAUCUCGCAACCCUCCAAGCUUUCAUGGGCAAGAAGAUCCUCGUAUCCUCGAGAAUUGGCUCCGACUCUUUGACAAACUCUUCGACGCGGUGAGCUGUCCGGAAGAGCAAAGGGUUGACAUUGCUGUUUACUAUUUACAGCAAGAGGCAGAUAACUGGUGGGUCUCAUCAGGCCCAACUUUACGUCAACAACCUGACUUCAAUUGGGAAGCUUUCAAGAUUGCCAUGAGGAAACGUUUUUAUCCUGCACACGUUCAGGCCACCAUGCGUGAUGAAUUCAUACAUUUGAAACAGAUGGGCAUGAGUGUCCAGGAAUAUCACAAUAAAUUCGUGGACCUCGCACCAUUUGCGAAAACAAUAGUGCCUGAUGAAAGCACCAAAGUUGAGAAAUUUAUCUACGGAUUAAACUAUGAUACGCAGAAAAUCGUCGCUGUUUUGGGUUGCCAAACUCUGACUGAAGCUUAUGAUAGAGCUGCAGUUCACUAUCGAGUUCAGCAACUACAAAGAGAGAGGAACCAGAAGAUGAAGAGGGACGAAGAUGGAGGUCGAGGAGAAAAGAGGGUUAGAGUGCACCCACCUACACAGCAACAAGAAGGGAGGAGGAGGAGAGAUGACCAAGGUGGAAGAAAUUUCCACGGUCAAAACCAACAAAAUGAUCGAAGAGCUGCUCCCAGAGAUAGACACUUCUACUGCAAGAGGUGCGGGAGAGAUCAUCCCGGUGUUAACUGCGAUGGAAGCCUAACAAAAUGUUUCAAUUGUGGGAAGCUAGGGCACCGAACCUUCGAGUGUCUCUCAAAGACCAAUGGGGCACCAGUGAACCAGGUGCAAUACCGUGAUGGAGGAAGACCAGAUAUGAACCAAACUGGGCCAAAUGGAGGACCAAAUAACAACAACAAUGCCGCCGCCAACAACAACAACCGCAACCCUCAAGGAGGAGGGGAGAAUAAUCGUGGCAAUGGCAAUGGCGGGAACAAUGGCAACGGCGGAAACAACGGCAACCGUCCGAACCAAGGGCGAAUCAUGGUGAUGAAUCAGGCCCAAGCCAAUGCUAAUGAUGUGGUUUCAGGUACAUUCCUUGUAAAUUCUGAGCCUGCUUAUGUUCUAUUUGAUUCUGGUGCUUCUCACAGUUUCAUAUCUUCUAGUUUCGUUAAGAAAUUGAAGAUUGAACCAACGGCUAGAAUAGACUUGAAUGUAAGAACUGCCUCAGAUAAAUUCGUAACUUGUGGAAAUGUAUACUCCAACAUUUCCAUAAUCAUAUCCGAAUCCAACCUACCUGGAGAUUUAAUCCAAUUUGACUUAAAAGAUAUAGACAUAGUGCUGGGCAUGGAUUGGUUGGGGAAAUACAAAGCCAGGAUCCUCUGUGAUGAACAGAAGGUGAUCUUGAAGGGUCCAAAUGGGAAGCGAAUAUCUUACAAAGCAAUCACAUCCAAGCCUAGUAUGAGGCUGAUGACUAUGCAACAAUUAAGGCAACAUAUCCGAAAGGGGUAUGAAACAUACAUGUGCUUUAUGAAAGAGGUGAAUACAGGGGAGCCAAACAUUGACCAAAUUGCCGUAGUCAAUGAAUUUCCGGAUGUAUUUGCGGAAGAGAUUCCAGGGAUGCCACCCGAGAGAGAAGUUGAAUUCUCAUUUGAGUUGAUUCCCGGAACCGCGCCAAUUUCAAAAGCACCUUACCGGAUGGCACCGAAAGAAAUGCAGGAGCUGAAGGAACAACUAGAGGAGUUGUUAGAGAAGGGGUACAUAAGACCGAGUGUCUCACCUUGGGGUGCUCCGGUCUUAUUUGUCAAAAAGAAAGAUGGGAGUCUAAGGCUAUGCAUCGAUUACCGAGAGUUGAAUCAAGCAACUAUCAAGAACAAGUAUCCAUUGCCCCGAAUUGACGACUUGUUUGAUCAAUUGAAGGGGGCUAGCACAUUCUCUAAGAUAGACUUGCGCUCUGGAUAUCAUCAAGUGAGAAUAUCUGAAAAAGAUGUACCAAAAACAGCAUUCCGCACGAGGUAUGGACACUACGAGUUCACUGUGAUGCCGUUUGGUUUAACAAAUGCACCGGCGGUAUUCAUGGACCUAAUGAACCGUGUAUUCCGACCUUACCUUGACACAUUUGUGGUGGUAUUCAUCGAUGAUAUUCUUGUGUAUUCAAAAACCCCGGAAGAUCACAAGAAACAUUUGAGACUCACAUUACAAACUUUGAGAGAGAACCAGUUGUAUGCCAAACUCUCAAAGUGUGACUUCUGGCAGGAUCGGGUAGCGUUCUUGGGUCACAUCAUCACCCAGGAAGGCGUAUCCGUAGAUCCAUCGAAGAUUGAAGCGGUGGUUGAAUGGCGUGCACCUACCUCGGUCACAGAGGUAAGAAGUUUCUUGGGUCUAGCGGGAUACUAUAGGAGAUUUGUUAAAGAUUUCUCCAAGAUAGCAAGACCGCUAACCAACCUGACAAAGAAGACAACCAAAUUCCAAUGGAAUGAAGAUUGUGAAGCAGCAUUCCAAGAGUUGAAGAAAAGACUCACAACUGCGCCGGUCUUGACACUACCGUCAGGGACGGAGGGAUUUGAUAUCUAUAGUGAUGCAUCCAAGAAGGGGUUGGGGUGUGUGCUGAUGCAGAAUAGGAAAGUGGUGGCUUAUGCAUCAAGACAACUAAAGGUGCAUGAAGUCAAUUAUCCUACCCAUGACCUGGAGUUAGCUGCAGUAGUGUUUGCUUUGAAAAUCUGGAGACAUUACCUAUACGGAGCACAUUGUAAGAUAUACACUGACCACAAAAGCUUGAAGUACAUAUUCACUCAAAAAGAGCUUAACAUGAGGCAAAGAAGAUGGCUCGAGCUUAUCAAUGAUUACGAUCUAGAAAUCCAAUACCACGAGGGAAAAGCUAACGUGGUGGCGGAUGCUUUGAGUCGGAAAUCUGAGCACUCAUGCCGAGCAACAUGGAUAUUACCAGAAGAACUAUUCCGAGACUUCCAAAGAUUGAGCUUGGAAGUAAAGCAAUAUGGCGAAGUAGAUGGUGAAAUACAGUUAUGUACUAUGACUGUUAUACCAUCUAUCUUUGACGAAAUCAAGAACGGACAAUCGGGAGAUGUAAAGCUCGAAAGAAUCAAGGAAGGAAUGAAAGAUGGCGUCAACGGACCAUUUAAGGUACAUGAAGAUGGGAGCAUCCGAUACAAGGGAAGGUGGUGUGUUCCACUGAAGUGUGCAGAUAUUAAAAAACAAAUCAUGGAGGAGGGACACAACACGCCCUACUCGGUACAUCCCGGGGGAGACAAACUAUACAAAGACCUCAAACAGAACUUUUGGUGGCCGGGAAUGAAGAAAGAAGUAGCUGAAUUUAUAUCCCGAUGUUUGAACUGCCAAAAAGUCAAAGCGGAGAGAUGCAAACCCAAGGGACUCGUGCAACCCUUGGAAGUACCAACAUGGAAAUGGGAUUCAAUCUCAAUGGACUUUGUCGGGGGUUUACCUUUAACAAAGUCCGGGAAAGAUAAAAUUUGGGUGGUAGUGGAUAGAUUGACCAAAACUGCAAGGUUCAUUCCUAUGAAUGAAACCUGGAGCAUGGAGAAACUGGCAAAAGCCUACGUCAAAUACGUGGUCAAACACCACGGAGUACCUCAAGACAUCGUGUCAGACCGAGAUUCACGAUUCUUAUCCCAAUUUUGGAAAGAAUUACAAAUGGCUAUGGGAACAAAAUUGAAGUUAAGUACUGCUUUCCAUCCAACCACGGACGGACAGACCGAAAGAACAAUCCAAACAUUAGAAGACAUGUUGAGGGCAUGUGUUCUUGAUUUGCAAGGAUCAUGGGAUGAACACCUAGACUUGGUAGAGUUUUCGUACAAUAACAGUUACCAUGCUAGCAUCGGAAUGGCCCCAUACGAAGCUCUAUAUGGUCAAAAGUGUAGGAGUCCCUUAUGUUGGGGUGACAUGGUCGAUCAGGUGGUUCUAGGACCACAAUACUUGCAGGAUACUAUUGAGAAAAUCAAAGUUAUCCAAGAAAGGAUGAAGGCUGCCCAAGACCGACAGAAAUCAUAUGCCGAUCUUGGGAGGAAACCAGCUGAAUUCGAACUAGGGGAGAAAGUUCUACUCAAAGUCUCUCCUACAAGGGGUGUAAUGAGGUUCGGGAAGAAAGGGAAACUAAGCCCGAGAUUCAUCGGACCCUAUGACAUCCUAGAGAAGGUGGGAAAAGUGGCAUAUCGAUUAGCUCUACCCACGGAGUUGGAUAAGGUAACAACCGAUUUGAAAUCAAAUACUUCUCUACGAUUAAAAUACAUUCUUAACAUACCGAUAUAUGCUAGGUACAUAACGUCUUUCACGUAUCACAAUUAAAGAAGUAUGUUCGAGAUGAGUCACAUAUCAUCAAUCCGGAGGUGAUUGAAAUGGAUGAGACAUUAUCCUACGAAGAAAAACCCAUAGAGAUUCUCGAUACUAAGACCCGAGAGACAAGGAAGAAGACAGUUAAGAUGGUAAAAGUACUUUGGUCAAACCAUUUGACCGAGAAUGCAACAUGGGAGACAGAAGAGGAUAUGCGUAAACGGUAUCCUGAACUUUUCAAUUAAGGUAAACAUUCGGUUACGAGGACGUAACCUUUCUUUUAGGGGGGCAGGUUGUCAUAUCUUAUAACCCUAUAAUACUUCAUCUUCAUACUUAAUUCGCGUCUUAGUUUAUGCUUCGAGGACGAAGCAUUCUUUAAGGAGGGUAGAAUGUGAUACCUUGAAAAUUUGAAAUAAAAAUAAAUAAAUAAAUCAGAUAAAUUAUAUCUGAUAAAUCAAAUGAAAGUAAGAUCAAAAUAUUUUUUUAUACUUGGUGUAUAAAAAUAUACGCACACUACAUGCAAUAGAAUUAAACACUUAUGUAGCAUCGAAAAAAAAUGGAAAUAAAUCAGAUAAAAUAUAGGUGACAUAAUAAGUAAAUAAAUAAAUAAAAAUAGUAAGAAUAUUAUAAAUUACUAAUAAUAGCAUCAAAUUAAUAAAUGAAAAUAUCAUAUCAUAAAACAAUGACACAUGCUAAGAUCAUCUACCAAAUAAUGUAUAUACAUUAUGUACAUAUAUUUAUAUGUAAAACUCAAAAUACAUUUAAGUAAUUAAAAAUAAUAAUAAUAAAAUAAAAUAAAAUGAAACAUCAAUAUAAAUGGGAAUCAAAUCAGGGAUCAAUACACAUGCCAUGUUCAUCAACUACCAACCUAUCAUUAUGUAUAGACAUUAUUAUUAUUAUUAUUAUUAUUAUUAUUAUUAUUAUUAUUAUUAUUAUUACAAUUAUCAAAUAAAUAAAAUAAACCAUAAGGACCAUCUAGACCUAUAAAUACACCCUCUUAGCCAUCCUAAACACUGCAAAUCGGAGAGAUAGAAGCUAUAUAUACAUAUACAUAUAUAUACAUAAUCUCGCCGGAAAAUUUAUGCCUAUAAUAUUUUACGUAUCAAACUUCGUAAAAACGAUAGAGGAGGGUCGUGAGAGGUCUAGGAAUACUUCCCAAUAAAUUCCAGACCGAUUCGUAGUCACCGGAGUUUCCUAGAGGUCGCCGGAGUUGCAAGCCGUGGAAACGGGUCUUUAGAAAAGACACGAUUUUGCCGUAGAUAGGGGUGGCGGAGCUUCUCCUCGACGUGAGGAUCAUUUUGCAACUGGAAUCGUCGAAAUCCGUUACCUAAGGAGAAUUCAAGUGAAGAUCAAGCUAGAGAUUUUAUUAAGGAGAUUAUCGCAAUUUAAGGUGGUAGAAAACAUCUCGCCUACUUGGGUUUCUUACUACUCGGAGGGCUUGGAAUCCCUUUUAGAGGGUGUGCACACUUAAGGUAGAAAUUCAGCUUCCAAUUGGUGGUCGGUGGGAGCCGGAAUUCCGGGAUGAGUCGUAGAUAACAACGACUCAUUGGGCUCGAGGAAUCUUGAGUUUCGCCCACUCUUAAAAGAAUCUAAAGUAUUACUUUUGGAGGAAUUGAAGGAUGAUAUUAUCUAUUGUGGAAAUUAUUUUAUGACAUUAAACCAUUUUGGAAAUAUGAGAGACUACUUUUCGAUAUAUAUACAUAUAAAAAAAACCUAUUUUCCAAAUUAUAUUAUUUUACGGGUUCGGGUGGAAUCUUACUUAGCUCUAAAGCUAAUUUUUGUCUCUUUUUCUCUUUUUCUCUUUGCUCUAUUGUACAGAUGAUUAUGAUUAUGAAGAUUGAUGUACUUGCUGCCCGAGUGUUCCGCUAGUUGCACACGUUUGAUUAAUUGUUAUUGUUUAAAUUUGUAAUCCAUAAACUUGUUAUAAGUUUUACCCGAUGGCUACUUGAAUUUAUGGUGGAUAGCCUGUGCACUCAAUCAUGUAUAGGUUGAGUGUGGCGGUGACACACCUGUUUUUCCAUUAAAGACUUCCGCUGUACUCUAAAUAUAUUUUAUAAUAAAGAUGUUUUCAUUUCAAA